AUGACCAAGGAAUAUAUCGACCGAGCAGUACAAACAGAACCCCCUCGUCAUCUCUCCCGUUCGGAUAAUCCCAGAUCUCUCAAUAUUCAGCCUUCAGGAGACGCAUAUAACCGCCCCUCGCAUCCCAAGAAGCCCUUACAAUUAGGUCAAAUCUCCAAACCGUCUGAGGCUACUCUCCCCACAAGGCGUGUCGUGUCUUUGCCUGAGUCCUCUCCCCCUCAUAGAUUCAAGCCCACCAAUGAACGCUAUCGCAUAGCCUCAAUGUCGGAGGCCCAUUCCACUAAAACCAUCAAAAUUUGCACUUCGGCUGAUAGUUCUUUAUCCUCGGAAUGUCUCGAAAGCUCUGUUUCGUUGGACUCUUCUCAAUUGUCUUCAGACCUCUACAGUAAUCGUCCUCAACGUAGUAGUUCUCUCGCCAACGUAGCCUUUUCGCACACGCCAUCUCCACCAUCCUCUCCCGAAUCUUCAAUAAUGAUCAUCGGAAACAACGUACAAGUAUCGAAUCACUUCCUGAGUUCCAGGGCCCGAAUUGACAAUGACGAUGAGCAAGGUUGGACAACAUGGACUGAUUCGCCCCCCCGACCUAUACCAGCCCUGCACGGCCCACUUUCACUGCCAUAUGCUCGGUGUCCAUCCGGUGCUGAAGGGAUUUUGGUGGAAGGUGAAGACCUAUCGCACAUGAUAUGGGGUCUCCGUCAAGACGAAAUAAAUCCUUCUGGACCCCGAGAACCACAGGAAACAAAAGCUGUUACGAGGGUGUCUCCAGACGCUCCUGUUACGCGACAAGCCACCCAACCCCAUCCCUAUCUCACAACUCCGAGCAGCCUCGCCUCUAGUUCUCCUGCCUUCAAACUUUGGGGAAACGAUGCUUAUCGACCUUCGCCGCCGCUUCUUACUCCUCGAGAUACAGAUUCUUGGUGGUACGAGUGCGACGACAGCGACGACAGUCCAAUUAUCAUCCCUCCCACACCGCAGCAACUGAAAAACUUCUUAGAAUUGCAGUGUAUCUUUGAACUCACCCAUCCAGAAAUCGCAACGGGAGAUGCAGGGCUUGGUUUGUUUUGGCCAAAACCGGGCCAAAUAGCUAUUGACACCACUCUUCCCCGUCAGCUACAAGCAUCCGCCCCAGUCUUCAUUCCGAAUCCUAAGAUUAACCGGCAGGUCCCUGAGAUCAUUCCCAUUUCUAAUAUCGGUGCUACUGGUAGAGGACGUUCAAUCUCUGCAAUAAAUAUAGCCACGGAAUACGCUCUGCAACAAGCCAACCCGUUGAUUACAACUCCCAACACCGCAUCAACCCAAUGGACCUCUCGCUUUCCUGACGUAUCGCCUGUAUUGUCAGAUGAUAGACUCCACACAACCUCGUGCGAUGGGUUUGAAGAAGAACAACGUGUCCUGAAUCUCGAUCAACUAAACGCUGGUGGUAAGCUGUUGGUGCAAGAUCAAGCGACCGAACGCGAUGCGGCGUCGAAGGAUCCUUCUUCCAACGUGAGGCUCAUCCCCACUGACGACCUCCCUCUCAGGACUCUGUGCCCUUCUGUCGCAUCUCACUCGAAGACAUCUGCAGGAACGGGAAAUGCUCCGUCGUCGAACCUGAUUGUCCCUAAAUCUCAAUCACCAGAACUCAUUCGAUCGUCGGCGCCACAACCACGGUCAGUGCCAUUCGCACGACUUAUGCAGCGCCGGCUAUCUGCUGUGCGAGAGGAAGAGUUGGGCAUUCGUAUACAAGUAUCUUCAAACGCACCCAUUCCUAGACCUCUACGAAAUCGAUACCCUGGUUUCCAUAACGGAGCGCAAGCCCCCAACAAACCAUACUUUGCACAAGCUUCCCAGAAUCAUCUAGAUAUCCCUAACAAAGCGUAUGCGUCUCCAUCUAGCCCUGUUCCAGAGGAUGCUGGUCGUAUACUCUGUUCUCGAGUGUUGACAAACUCUGCAGUCGCCUCCAGUCUCGAUGUUGGUUCAAAGCAACCUGUCGAAUCUGGAUCAUGCACUCCAAGCCCAGUACCGGAUCCUGUCAGUAAAGAGAACCUCGCUACAAAAAGCGGCGAUUGUGCCAGUAAAGGACCCAUAAAAAAACGAGGGAGGAAUCGAGCAAAAAAACAGGAGAGUUCAGUUUUCAAAAAUCCGAAGGAUUGA